AUGCCAAUUCAUAAAUUAGUUCAAUAUUCGACUCCAGAUGGAACUGUUUUCGAGGGAGAAUUGUAUACUCCAAGAAAUCCAGAAAAUGAGAAACUUCCAGCCGUAUUGGUGUUGCCAGCUUUUCGAGGAAUCACAGAAUUUGAAAAAGAGAAAGCGUUAAUUUUGGCAAAGAAGGUGAGUGAUGAAAUAAAAACAUUUAUACUUUUGAAAUUUUGAAGAACGAAGUUUUCUAGAUUUCUGAAACUUUGUAAUUUGUUUUUUUCUUCAGCACCACUAUAUUGCAUUUGCUGUUGAUGUUUAUGGAAAAGGAAUUCGACCAACUGAAAGAGCUGAAGCCUUCGCAACUAUGAAACCAAUAGUUUCUUCGAGAACUGAAGUUUUGAAGCCACGUCUUCUGGCCGCUCUCGAAACUGUCAAAAAUUUGCCAAACGUCGAUGUCAAUCGAAUUGGUGCAAUUGGGUUUUGUUUCGGCGGACUGUGUGUACUUGAUUUGGCCAGACAUCAAACUAACAUUGCAGCCGUUGUUUCUUUCCAUGGAACACUCUUACCAGUUCCUGAUUUGCCUUUGGAUUCAAUUACAGAAACUUCAAUUCAGGUUUGUGGUUUGUGUUUUUAUCAUGAAAAGGGAAUGGAGAAAGAUCAAUCAUUUGAGUUAAUGAUCAUUAUAUUAUCGGAAAACGAUAAUAGAUUGUAAAAAUUAGAAAAUAUUGUGUUCGAUAUAUUUUUUUGAAAAAUGAAAGAAAUAUGCAAAUUUUAUCAGAAAACAUAAUUUUGACGACACUAAUUUUGAAAAAUAAAAAGGAUGAAAAUAUGGGAACAAAUGUUGUUACUUGUUUCUGAAAUUUGAAAAAAUAUUUUUCAGAUUUUCUAAGAUUCCACGCGUUUGAAAAUGUGCAUUUUCUUGAAAACCAUAAAUUCCAUUUAUUUCAAAACUUUUCUGAAAAAAUUUUAAAAUAUUGAACUGAGAUAUAAUUUCAAGUAAUUUUUCUAGGUUCAUCACGGCGAUGCAGAUACUCAUAUUUCAAAAGAACAAGUCGAUGGGUUCCACGAGGAAAUGCGUCAAAGAAAUGCAGACUUUGUCUUCUCUUCACAUGCUUUUGCCAAACAUUCAUUCACCGAACCAGAAGCUGAUAGUUUCAAUGCUCCUGGAGUUGGUUACAACAAAAAUGCCGCUGAAAGAUCGUGGAACUCAGCAAUUCAAUUGUUCAAAGAAAAAUUCAUUCAACAUACAUAA